UUGCUCCUGGAGGGCCCAGAUGACAUCACURCCUUUCAGUUCUGCCCCUCGAAUGCAAACAUUAUUGUUGGUGGCUGUGUGAACGGCCAGGUUGCAUUAUGGGAUAUUUCUGCUCAUGUCUCAUUCUUGUCUGGCAUUCAAACGGUUAACACCAACCCAUUUCACCUUAUUGUUCUGGGACGUCAGACUGCCAGACGUGGUUWGCCUCGGGCAGAAAACUGUGGAUGGGAAGACCCCCGUGGAAAUGAGCAGUGACCCAGAAACRUUUAAGCACCUGGACAGGACAUGGAAACCGCUCCUCAGGGUUUCACUCUCAAAGAUUGACGGUMCUGGAGAUUACAUUUCUUGGAAGUUCAGCCUAGAACCUUACAGCAGUCCUGGURAUGCAGAAAAGGCUCCAGGAAGCAGGUUUGCAGAGGACAUCCCUGACUAUAGUCAACUCAGAAUCCCCUCGGCCGAAACGCUCAAGACUCUGGAAGAUGUCAACACAAAGAUUUGUGUUGGAACACUGGAAGGGGAAAUAGUUUGCGUUGACUGGAAACUUGAGAAAGAUCCAUCCGGACGUCUGUACAGUGCCAAACCCCUCCACUCUUUCAGCACUCAUAACUCCAUGGUGAACACAGUUCAGCGAUCGCCCUUUUUGAAAGACAUUAUUUUGACAAUAGGAGCCCAGAAUUUUGCCAUUUCUAAGGAAGGAGUCACAGAUGGUCCCCUGUUUGUGUCGCGGUUCUCCAAGGAGUGUUACACUGCGGGAUGCUGGUCUCUGUCCCGACCUGCCGUCUUCUUCCUUGGGAAAGAACGUGGCACCAUCGAGGUGUGGAACCUGCUGGAAAACAGCAGCGAACCGUCACAGGUUCACACCACCAUCAACAGCAGAAUUAUCUGCAUCAAACCCUGGAUCGUCUCCUCCAGGGAUCACUUCUUGGCUGUGGCACAAGAGCACGGAGUUCUCCAAGUGGUUGAAAUAUUGAAGAGGCUCUGCGUUCCUUUCAGGAAUGAGGGUUUGCGCAUGAAGGAAUACUUUGAGCGGAAGACACAAGUCUUAAAGGAUUUUCUGAAGAGGCAGGAAUCCUGGGUGAAACAAAAAAAGGAGGAAGAAAUCAAGAAGAAAUCUUUACCUGACAGACCGGUCAAGACCCCAACAGAGAAAGAAGACUUGGAACUGAAGGAGUACAAAGAUUUCCUCGGGCUGGAGGAAAGCAUCCUGAAAAGCUUGGACGUGUAGACAGGAGUGGUAAAAUUGUGAUUGUUAAUAAACGGUCGAGAAAUUUGUA